AUGAUUCAAACUCGCAAAUCGUAAAGUCUCAAAAAAUCAAAGACAAAGAAUAUUUAUAUGGAAAAGAUGCAAAUUAACUUCAUACAUUAAGAGAAGACAUACUCUAAAGCGAUACAUCCUUCAAAUUAUUAAUCUAAGCCUUUUUCUUUAAAAAAUUUAGAUUUAGCCUUACCUGAUAAGUAUUCAUAUAGAUAAAUUUACAUAGGUCAAUAUCCUAGUCAAAUAAUUCAUUUUAAGAUGAUAAAAGUUGCUGCUGUUUAGAUUGUGGAAAGUUGAGUAAGAAAAUUAGAAAUUUAUCAAAGAAAUUCAAGGUGUUCUAGACUAAAAUGUCAAUUUUAGAAAAGUAAAGAAUAAUUAAGAGAUUUUAAAAUGCUGUCCAUUGCAUCAUUUAUCUGAUAUAGAAAUGGAAAAAAAUAAGAUAAUAAGAAAGAUCUAAAAAACUUUUUAGGUUUAAGACUAAAAUUUUUGAAAAUUAACCUUUCAUUUAAUCUUAAACUUCAUCAAAUAAGGCAUAAACCAUAUUUUUUAAUUCUUAACUUCAGAGUGAAGAAAGAUAAACAAUAACCUCAUAAUUAUAAUCGAUUUAAGUUAAAAUUUUUGAUUAAAAAAACAAAUAAAGGUAAUCAGUAAAGUUAUAUUUAAAACAAAAAUUAAAUAAUAAAAGUGAGGAUUAAGGAUUGCUACCUAAAAUAGAUCAUAUUAAAUAGAGUAAUUUAGUUGCUACUUCAAUAUUAAGACCUUUAAAGAUACUUAAGACUCUUGGAGAUGAACCAAAAUCGAUUCAGAAACAAUAAAAUUUAUCAACUUUAAAACCAUCUAUACCUCAAUCUCCUUAUCUAAGCCAUUCAAAUGUAAUUAAAUAACAAGAUUAAUAAUUCUAAAUGGUUAAAUCGCCUCGAUAAUUUAUAAAAAGUUUUGCUUCGGAGAUAAUCUCACCAUAAAAAAGUUAGAAAAAUGAUUAUUUUAAAAUUAAGAAGAAUAGAAUGAUUAUAAUUUGA